AUGAAGUCCAUCAACGUAUCCUCGGUCCUCGCCGGCUCCCUCAUGCUUUUCGCUGGAAUCUCACCUGCCGCCGCUCAACAAGAAUCAUACGUCGGCUGCUUCACCAGCUCGGAUCCCCUUGAGGAUCAAGGAAGCUACCAAUUUCAGAGUAACGGAUAUUGCCUGAACGAAUGUUAUGCACAAGGCUAUUCUGUCUUCGGCUUGUACAAGACUGAUCACUGCUUCUGUGGUAACAAGCUCCCAGCGAAGUCAACCAAGGAGAGUAAUGAUGAUAAGUGCAACAAGCCAUGCGCGGCAUGGCCAGCGGUCAUGUGCGGUGGAAACAACGCUUAUUCGGUUUACCUCACCGGUCUCGAAGACAAUGUUCCCUAUUACUCUACCGGCACCACCGGCAGCUCAACCACGACAACCAGCAGCAAUAAUUCGACGACAACGCAAACUAGCGGGUCGUCGUCCAGCACAGAAACUGAAGAACAGGCGGUUGAAACCUUUGCCAGCACGCCCACUUCGCAAUCUUCCAACAAGGAUAAGAAGGACGACGGACCCAACGUAGCCGCUAUCGCCGCUGGUGUGGUUAUUGGUGUGGUCGGCCUUGCUGCACUUGCGGGUGCAGGUUUCUUCCUCUACCGCUUCAAGACUCGUCACCCUGCAGACAAGCGGUUACGCGACAUGAGCACUGUGGAGCAGUUCGGCAAGCCUACAUCUUCGGAUUCCAUGUCCGAAUCUCGCUUCGAUGGAGACUUCGCGGCUCAAAGACGCCAGAGCAAUGGCAGUAUUGACGACGACCGAGGCUUCUCACGUCGAGUCCUGCAGGUGACAAAUCCUGACCGACACUACUAG